GUUUAGUAGUGGGGGAUUCAGAAUUCAGCAUCAUAUUUUGGGGUACAGAGCUUUUUGAAAAAAAAGCAAAAUUUACAAAAUUUCAAAUAAAUGGGUUUGUAAAAUCAGUGUAGCCGAAAUAUAAGCAUAUUAAACAAUGGAUUGGGUCAUAUCCGAUGAACUGUCUUUGACGGUGGGGCAUGUCGUCGGCUGGGUAAGUGCAGGGGCCAUGAUAGUUGGAGGAGUCGUCCCGUAUAUACCCCAAUAUCGGCAAAUCAAGAGGACGAAAGACGCCGAAGGAUUUUCGUUGCUGGUCUGCUUGGCUCUACUUAUAGCAAAUACUUUAAGAAUUUUAUUUUGGUUUGGCAAGCAUUUCGAAUAUCCACUAUUGAUGCAAAGCUUGAUAAUGAAUGCCACAAUGUUUGGAAUGAUUCAUUUGUGUGUAAGAACUAGAAAUAAGAAUCAAUUACUUCAGGCGAGGCAGCGGAUAUUCACAGAUUUCGAUGCCAAGAAUUUCUGGAACUGGUCUGACUUCCAAUCGUAUCUAGACUGCAUGCUAGUUUUUACCAUAAUCGCUUCGUUGUUGAUGUACCUGUUUAUAGAAUAUAUUGUUUUCGUUGAACUUAUUGGAUUUUUGGCUGUGUUCACCGAGGCUAUGCUUGGUAUGCCUCAACUUAUCAAGAAUUAUAGGUGCAAGUCCACCGAAGGAAUGAGUUUAUUAAUGGUGGUGCUUUGGACUUGCGGUGAUAUAUUCAAGACUCUAUAUUUCCUAUUGCGCGAAGCGCCCGUGCAAUUUUGGAUCUGCGGUUCCAUGCAGGUCACCAUAGACAUGCUAAUUCUACUCCAAGUUUUUAUUUACAAAGGUAAUCCUGACAGCAGCCGACUAGCUCCACACAGGAUCGAUUGAGUGGUCGUCAAGUGGACACACGACGACCACUCGCAUCAACACAAAGAACAAUCUAAUACCGAGGUAAUUGUAAUUAACGAAACGUCAGAAACGAGCAGUAACGACAACUACGAGUUCGCCUUCACAAAUGGUAAGUGUUGCGGAGGCGAACCCCUUGCUAGCACUCACGAGGAAAAUAAUUCACAAACUAAUAACUCGGAUAAUCAGAGUAAUUUGAUCGUUAGUGCCGAUAUUCAUAAUGAAGUUAAUGUGGAAUCGAACGGAGAAAGUUCAAGUAGCACAUCUGGUAGUGGUGACGAUAUAACAGAUGAAAAUGUAAAGUAUUUGUAUAAAAAUAUUAAUGGUGGUUGUCCGGGCGUAGCCAAUGGUGAUAAACUGGUUCGUACGUGCAACGUUACUUAUAAGAAAAAAGCGAAGGUUAGCAUGCUUAUACAUAGACAUACGUUAUGACAAAAGGUUUUGAUGAUAUGCUUCCGAGAUAUUUUUAUGCUUCCUUGUUUCCAGAUUCUUGCUGUUUAAGUGCAUUUCUUUUUUAUAGAUUUUUAUUUGUAAUAUUUCUACAAAAUAUUUGUUGUAUUGUUACCAUUAGUUAUUGUAAUGAAAGAUGUUCUAGAAAAGGCUACCAUAUCUAAUGCAUCAAAAAUAUACAUGUGUAUACAAAGACAGUACAUCUCUCUCAAGACAGAGUUAUUCUUCCAAACACCUCACAAGAAAAAUUAGACUUUCAACACCUGUAAAUGGCCCUUAUAGUUUUUCUUUCUUCCAUUUCCUUAUAAUGUUUGUCCUGAAACUUGGCUUUCGUAAUCAUUUAUGAUGAGCUUCAAGGUUGAGAGUAAUUCAUGCAUAAAGUCAGGUUUGGUUAGGUAACUUGUAAUUUCCCUUUAUUCAUUGUUAUUUGUCAUUAGAGAUGGCAGCUUUUUUACUAGUAUAAACUCUAAAACCCCAUAUUUGUUAAAUUAAAACUUAAUAUUUUCCUCAUUGAUACAUUAUUGUAUAAUGAAUAUCACAACUCCAUAUUUUCAAACAGGUACAGACUGUCCACUAAUUAAUAAAAUAAUGAGCACUUACCGUGGAACAUGUUAUUUUUAGAAAUCUGUGAUUUAACAAAAGAUCAUAGUAGGUACAAUAUAUUUAUUAAAAGAAAAUACUAGCGACCAAUGCGGUAAUUCUAAAAAAUGUUGUAGGUUGUAGCUAUCUAGAUUACUUUUGUUAGUAUAUAAUAUGUUAAUAGGGUAGGGUCUUGUCUAUCCCUGCCUCUGGAUGCCUGAAUAUUGGCAUGCAAAAAUAACUAUAAGAACAACCUACAAGUAUACAUAGAGUCAUUUUCAAAGCAUAUUGAAGUCACUUUUCUAGUCUGAUUGCUUUUAACUGUGAAAAUUGAAUGUGCAGUUUCAAUAGGGCUAGUGACACAUCUUGCUUUGAAAAUGAUCAUGAUGAGAUUUAUUCUUCUAUUCUCAAUGUUGUUUUCCCCUACUGAGCUCCAUUUUAUUUUUAUUUUUGUAGAUUGAGUGUUUUAUCGUAUAUACCUACAUUAAUUUGUCCAAAAAAGUAAGGUUAGUAGUAGUAGGCAUUUAUUUUUAAUACAAAAGGUGAAGAAAAUAAUAGGGGCCUUAAAAUACAGUUAUUUAUUUAUGUAUAGUAGUUAAUGUCUGGCCAUAGAUGACUGUUAGUUGUAGUGAAUUAGAAAUUGAGGAAGCGGUAUAGCAUUCCAUCUGAUGAACAAGUCACUGGUCCUAAUUCUUCUGAGUAAUCCAAACUAACCCUUGAAAUUCAGAGUUUCUGACCAUUAUUGGAAAAAUAUUAAUCAGGGUAGGAUUGCCAAAAUUCUUCAAAAAUUUAGGAUUCAUUAUUUGUCAUGUCUCCAAAAGCAAAUACAUGCCUCGAUAUUUUAAUUAUUGCAGUAUUUUAAUAAAAUUGACAAUCCCAAAUUUGAAAUACAUUUUCAACAUUGUCAUUCGUCAUAGCAAAUCUUCGGGAAAAUUUUGUCAGAAAAAAACAUUAUAUGAUCUUAGAAGGCAUAACGUGGCUGAAAUCGAAAUGUUAAUAUCAGGAAAAAUAUUGAUUGCCUCCAUGAAACACAAUAAUGGAGAGUACGAAAGAAACAAAAUUUAUAGUAACAAAAUUCUUUAAAUAGAGACCUGACCCUCCUAAAAAAGGCGCAGAUGUUAAAUAAGUUGAUAGAAAUGCUAAAGAGGUCAAAGCGCACGCUCUUAAAAACAAGCAUAAACAGGUGUGCAGUCAGGUGACCAUUGUCAAGCUAACGUAGGGAGCCACCAGCUCACAUUUCUUUGGAGUAUCAGAUUAUAUAACAGUCAAUGAGUUCAAUAAAAGUGGUUAUUGAAAAGAGUUUUAGUGGACCUGCGGAAUCCAUGACAAUUUGCUAAAUAGUGAAAUAAUUGGCAUCUUGUUAUUCUUCUUCGAUUUGAGAAUUAGACAAGGUAUGGGUAGUUUGACUUCACCAUCUGACUUCAUAUUUUGAAUCAAGUCUCAAGAAAUGUACAGACUAUUCUAUGGUAAAUACGCGACAGCAAACAACUAAAAUAGGGCAAGCCAAUCAAAUCUCCCUGGACUUCACGAAAAAUAUUGAAAACAAGAGAUAACAAGAACAAGCCCAAAGACUAGAAAAACGGGACCGGAUUGCAGCAGGAGAGAAGCUCGAAAACAAGAAUAACAGAACCCUAAGGACAAGAAGAAGCUCCGAAACAGGAAGAGCAGGAUUGGCUUGCAGCACUUUCACAACAACAAGGAAAAAGGAGACAGGAAGAAAGAUGAGAAAGAAGCCCGAAAACAGAUAGAAGGGAACAAGAAGAAGCCCUGAAAACAAGAAAAACAGGACCUGCCUGCAGCACUUUUAGAACAGAAGAUCGGAGAUCAAAAGGGAAACAAAAAUAUGUUAAAAAACAGAAAGAAGGAUGAGAAGAAGAGGACAAGUAGACUUGCAGCACUUUUACAAAACAAGAAGGUAGGAAUUCAAUACAUAAAAAAGGAGAGCAAGCCCGAAGAGAAAAAAAAAAAAAAAAACAGGACCAGCUUCAGGAAAAUUUCAAAUUUCAUCAAGAAUGAAUAAUUCAAACCGUAUUCUCUGAGGUACAAACCGGACUUGAGAAAAAGGAAAUACCAGACAUAACAUAGAUGACACCCAUGGCAAAUAAUAAACUCUGCAAAGAAAUUCCUAAAAUUGAUAAUAUCGAAACGUCUAUGAAUGUAUCAGAGGCAGAACGAAAGUUCUGGAUUCUGGGGAAUACAUCACAAAAUCGAAAGGCAGUUUUCCUGUAAUAAUGAUCCAAAAUUGGAUGGCACUGAACAUGAAGACAAGUAGCAGAGAACAGAGAACAAUGGCGAAAAUAUACCCGAGUCAAGAUAGUUGAAAUUUUGGGUAAAGCUAGACAAAAAUAAUAUAAAGCUAAUUUUUGGUAUACCUAUAUCAUAAUUUAGGGCUAAAUAUCAAUAUACUAAAAGUCCUGGAGAAUCCUCCUUCCCAAAUAUCACUUGUUUUUUCGGGAAAAAAUGAAGUUAGAACAGACUUUUGUGUUUUUCUCAUAUAUAGGUCCCAUCAAAUAGAGAAGGUGGUCUGAUGACAACUCAUAUCUGAAAUAUUCGGAUUUGUCGCUCUCUGAUUUUAAAACUCAAAAAAGCAGUAGGAAUAAUUGGGGAGUCGAAACCGAGACGAUAUCAUUUUGGAUUUUCAUUGUACCACUCAUAAACGACAAUGAUCUUGCUUUAUGACAGAUAUCUUUAUGUCUGAAAAUGGUUUUCCGUCUACUUCACUAAGACAUCUUUCUCCUACUUCUUCGGCAACAUGACAAUUGAUAGUUUUAUCUGCAGCUAUUCUAGUAGAUAUUGAGUAUAAUUUGUUACAUAUUUUUCGUAGGGAGAAUGAUUCCUAAACCACUCUAUAAAUGUAUGUAAGUCUUCGGAAUCUUUAAUUCUAUGGGAUUCAGUUAGAUCAACGUCCUAAAAAUAACAAAACAAUGGGUUAUUAUUACAAACCACAGUGCCUACUUCCAAAUAUUCUUACCUGAUCGUUAGUCUGAUACCUUUUUUCAUAUGCUUGACCACAUGAUUCUUCCAUGACGUUGCACAGGGGAAGACAUCCAGGAAAAGAAUAGACAAAAUGACUCAAGGUAUUUUCGGUUGUACCUCUUUUAUGUGUCUGUCCCUUGAAGUUUCUCAUCAGUUCCUGCCCGAUGACUUGAUCUGUAAGGACCCCAGUCCAAAAGCCUUCCGAACGACAAAUAGUGAAAUACUGCUUUACAAAUUUUUUGUAUUUGUUCUUGGGCAUAACAUUUUCAAGAUCGUCACAUUGCUGAACAUACAAGUGGGCUAACUUGGCAUAGUGGUAAGACCCUGCAGCAUGAAAAUAUGGCAGCAUAAACCUGUAUUGGAAUCAUAGAACUGCAGUUGGGCUAUUUUUUGAUAUUGCUUCAAUCACACUGUUUAGUUUUUCUUGAAGGAUAUGAAGAAUUCCGUUCUCAUAGACAUUAUCUGGUGUAGAAUAUCCAGUUGGAAAAUCCAGGAACAACAUUUUCAAUUGGUCCCUGGUUUCUUUAUUGAUGUUUAUCUUUUCGAGAAGAGUAACCAGGGCUUGUUGAGUGAUGAAAUGAGCUCUUAGGGAUCUGUUAUACGCGUGUCCUCCUAUCAUGUUUACCACAGAGUUUUUUGCAUAAACUUGACACCAUACGUCUUCAAGACCACUCCCACCUGAAAAUUUAUGACAUUAGAGAAAAACGCAAUAUACAUAGGUAAUAUGAAGCUAUUCAAAUCUUACCCAUCAGGAAACCAAUCGCCUUCAUGAAAGCCAUAAUCGUGUGAAAAGCACAAUAUGUUUCUGAAGGUCUGAGGCUCAGAGACUAUAAUUUUAACCGCUUUAUCAUACAAUUGUUGAUCAAAAGUUACUAUGCAGUGCUCUUGUCCCAGCUGUUGAGUUUCUUUUAAAGCAUAUUUCAAAGCAGAAUAAAUAGUGCUUGGAUCAGUUGGAGACAUAUUAAUAAAAGGUAAAAUUGUAACACUUGUUUUUUCACAUUCCAUGUAUCCAUUAAGCGCUAGUUUCAUCGUUCCUCCCCAGGAUGGUGGUUUGUCGACUCCUAAAAACCGAAAAUCAAAUUGUACCAAACAACGAUAUUCAUACUAAAUAUCAUCAGAUAACUGCCCAGUUGCUAGUCAACCAUAAUAGAUCCAAAGUUUUUGAAUGUUUCCUUAAAUUUUUCAUUUCUGUGUUACCGAUUUUUAUGUCUCUUACUAUAACAUUUUUCAAGGGAAAUGUCUUUGAUGCUUUGUACCAACUGAUGGAAAUGUUAUCUUUCUCUGCUGCUGCAGUAGAAGAAACAAUGUCAAUUUGGCGAGCAAUCGAUUUUGGUGUUGCAGGUGGCGAAGGAGUACUCAAUCGAAUUCCUCCCAUACUGCAAAUUGUGAAAUGUGGCAUGGCCAGUAAGAGUUUCAAUAAUAAAAUCUGCGUUAUAUAGUACUGGACAAGACUAUUUUCGCUGGCAACCGUCUCAACAUUGUCUUUUAUCAUGCGAUUUUCAUAUUGAUAUGUUUCGUUGUAGGUCACCAAAAAUCCCCAAUUGUUUAGGAAGUCCACGAUAUGCCUGGAGCCAAAUUCUCUAUGGACAUAUACACCAAUACCAAGUAAAAUUGGAGAUAUGACUUUGAGAUAAUGACCUUGGUCGGCCAACAUACGCUUAUUAUUGCCUGACCUAUUGCUGCCUUUUUCGUAUCCUGGCGUUUAUUUUCUGAAUUUUUUAAUUUCAUAAUUGUCUCCAGUAGCGUGUCUAAACUUUUAGGAAUAUUGCAUAAAACUGAGGAUUAUCUGCGGGUGGAUAAACGCUGCAAUCAUAUAUGGCAGCACGUAUAUCUUCUUUUAUGAUUUCUGCAGCUUUCUGAACUACCCUCAACCUUUCAUCUGCCUCACUGUUUUCUAGUUUCCUAGUAUACCAAGAAUUAAACAAUAUUGAAUCUAUAUUAUCUCUGAAAUUCAAAAUUGUUCUUUCUCCUGUAAUUUCGGUGAUACAUAUUCGUUGUCCAAAGUAAUCGACUAACUUCCUUAGAAACUGUUUUCGAGAGUAAGGCUCGCAAUCCAUGUCUUUAAAUAUUUUUUUCCAUUUCCAGCUCUCAGUCGAUUAUGGAAAACUGGCGAUAGGGAUAAUCGCUAUGGCACUUCCUGUUUUCUUCUCUUUUUUCGAAAUCAAUAUACAGGGUGUUUGGUAGGUCGAUGCAUAUAUUUUAGGAGGUCAUAGAGUGAGUCAUUUAGAACACAUUUAGUCAAACUUACCUUAGUACCAAGUCUUAUGGUUUUCAAAAUAUGGCCAUUUCAAUUUUUUCUUAAACAAAUCCUUUAUUAACAACAUCAUUAUCAAUUAGCCAGACAUUAACAAACUGUUCAUCAUUUCAGUCUAAAAGUGAACAUUUUGUUUGUGAAAAGAAGAAAAAUAAGGCUAGUCCAGUUUUUUCUGUAAAUACCUACUCAUUUUUGGGAAUCUAUAGUCUUGAAAGAUUUUUGUGCUGCUCCAAAAAAAAAAAUAAUAAUUUUGUGGUAUGUGCAAUUCGAAAAGGCACAUGUGACAAAAGUUUUUAAAUUACUUUGAAAACCUUGGUUGUCCUUAUUUUUUUUUUUUCCGAAAGAACUUAACUUUAAUUAAUUAAUAUGACUUCAAAAUGGCACUCUCUCGGCCACUCUUUAUUGCUCAUUUUUUAUUUAUUUUAUUGUUAAUGCAUUUAACACAAAAAAUAGACAUUCCUUAAAGAUACAAAAUAAAAAUAAUUGAGACAGUAUUUCUGAAUAUCGCCCAACAAAGGAUUUGUGAGAUUUUUUUAAGAAAAAAUUAAAUCGGGCACAUUUUGAAAACUAUAAAACUUGCUACUAAGAUAAGUUUGUCUAAAUAGGUUCUAAAUGACUUACUCUAUCACCUCCUAAAAUAUAUGCAUCGACCUACCAAACACCCUGUAUAGAGAGGGGACGUCAAUAGAAAUGGGGGAAAUGUCUCUAUUCGUUACAGAGUCCAAACCCUAAAUGUAAAUAUAACGCAAACACGUGACAAACUCGCUUUUCAUUGGACUCUGUUGCACAAGCGCAGUCAAGAUUAAAAAAGCGCGGGGCGGUAGGCGCAACUGUUAUUUGGCAAAUUGAUAGCUGAGAAGUCUCGGAUAAACUUCUAAUUUUUUUUUUUUUUUGGCUGAAGUAAUUGCGAUAAACUUCUUAUAGAUUCGCAAGUAGACUACCUUUUCAUGGUCGUUUUAGAGAAAAAUAUGCUACUUCUAAAAACAAAAACUGAGAAUAAAUAGCCAAAAGUAUAUUUUUUAAAUGUAAACCCUUCAUUUGAUAUGCCAUUGCUGCGUACCACAUGACGUCGUUGCAAGGGAAAUUUUGUCAGCUUCAAAAAUGCUCUCUUGACAUUUUUCCUUAAAGUGGAUAGUUUUCGAGAAAAUCAAUAAAUUAUUAAAAGGGUGGGGGUUAAGAGGCGAAAAAAGGGGGUUGCGGAAGGAUGAUUGGCCAGGACUCCGAGUAUGUUGCAACUUAGCCCUCAGGCAUGAUCUCUACCAAAAAUCAGCUUUAUAUUAUUUUUGUUAGGUCAAAUGCUAUCUUGACUCGGGUAUAACGUGACCCUGAAGGGGAUUGCUCCAAGAAUAUCUGGGCUAAGGCGACCCUGAAGAGAAGUGUAGCUUCUGCUCCUUUUGGUAAGGCUACUUCUCCUUUAGGUAAGGAGACCCUGAGGAGAGAAGGACCCAAAUGGGUACUGAUACCAUAGGCUGCAUCGGUUUUUAUAUCCAUUUCGUGUAAACAUUAGUUUACGCGUUGACCUGCUUAAACUGCUGAUUGUUGAUAAAUCGUGUUCUAGUUUUAACAGGUGUUUGAUAUACAAAGUGGUUUUAUUCAUAGACCACUUGACACUAUAAACGGCAGAAAACUGCGCAUAGUUUGUAGCUUAGUGACUCAGUUUAAGCGGACGUUAAUGACAUUUGAAAUCUAUCAGUUCUAUGCUCCGAUUGGUUGAUUUAUUAAAAUUCGUCUGCAAAGAGAAAAAAAAACUCACAUUAGAGUUGGCUGAAAUUUGGCAUAAACAUCCUUUGAUCGAUUACCUACAAUCCGAAUAUUUUAGUUUUUCGAUAUUUUGCGGGUACGGGCAUUUUGACUUCGCCUCCGUACAUUUCGAAUCAAGUUUCAGGAAAUGUACAGAGUGUCUUAUGUUCAAUACACGAUAUAGCAAAUAACUAAAAUAGAGCAAGUCAAUGGAAUCUUGCCGGACCUUAUGAAAAAAAUCGAAGACAAGAGAUAACAAGACCCAGCCCAAGACUAGAAGAACAGAACUGGCUUGCAGUACUUUUACAACAAAAAGAUCGAAGGCGGAUAGAAAGAAAAACGAGAAGAGAAAACAUCAAAAUCUCGACUGAAAGUGUAGACUGAAGAAAGAAAAAUGACAAGAAGAACAGCCGGCUUGCGGCACUUUUACCAACAAGGAAAAGGUCAGAGAUAGAAAGAAAAACAAGAAGAAGAAGAAGCCCGAAGACAGAAACAAUGGCAAGAAAAAGAAGCCCAAAAACAAGAAAAACAUGACAGGCUUGCAGCACUUUUAGAACAGAAGAUCGGAGAUCAAAAGGGAAACAAAAUUAUGUAAAGCAAAGACUGAAAGAAAGACGUGAAGAAGAAGACUUGCAGCUCGCAGCACAACAAGACAAUAGGAGUUCAAUAAAUAAAGAAGAAGAGUAAGCCCAAAAAGAAAAAGAACAGCUUCAGGAAAAUUUCAAAUUUCAUCAAGAAUGGAUUCAAACCGUAAUCUCUGAGGUACAAAUUAUACUUGAGAGAAAGAAAAUACAAGACAUAAGAUAAAGGACAAUGCUCAACAGAAGGUCGGCGAAUAUACUCAUGACAUAUAAUAGUGAAAUUCUGGGUUUUAUCGUAAAAUUUCUAUAAAUUCGUAAGCUUAUAGCUUACGAUGAUCUGUAACUUUUGUUUUUUAUGUCAAUUCUGAUACUUUCUAUAAAUAUCUAGUAAUUCACUAUAAGAAGCAUCGAUUUUCUGUAAGUUACAGGAAGCAUAGCAUUGCAAAUUGUCUACUUAACUGGCUCAUAGAAAGUUAUAGAUUUGCUUACAGUUGUCCACAUAAUUGACCUAAUUGGGAGUUAAGAAAUCUCAAGAUGCUCCAAUACCCAAAAAACAUAGUUGUCAUAAUAUUGAUUGAAAAUUAUUGAUUAUGUCAUACUUAGACACUUGAUAAUUGGUCAAUUCUUGGAUCACUCGUAGAAUUUCUAUAAACCUGUAGAUCUAUAGAUUACGAUGAUGUGUAACUUUUAUGUUUAUAGAAUCGUGAAAGUGACAAUUCUGGGUUAUCGUCUAAUUUACAGUGACGCAAUGGAAUGGAAGACGCAUCGAUUGCCAAACACCCGAUGGAAAUAUUUAAGAUUUUCUGUAAUGCAAGCCAUCACAAACCAUGUAAUAUACGUUACGUUAAAACUGAAUGUACAAUAUAAGUUGCAAGUGAUCCAAUGCUAUGCGCCAACUAGUUCCGCAGAGGACGAAGAAAUAGAACAACUAUACGAAGAUAUCACCAAUGCACAAAAAGCAGAAAAUGCAAAAUUCGUUAUAGUCAUGGAGGACCUAAACGCAAAGAUCGGUGAAAAAUUGACAGAUGACUCAGAAUAUAGGCAACUUUGGUUUAAGUACUAGAAAUGCAAGAGGUGAAGUACUGCUGGAUUAUCUCAGAAAGGAAAACCGUUUCUGCAUGAAUUAUUUUUUCAAGAAGCCCCCUCAGAGAAAAAGGACCUGGAGUAGCCCAAAUGGCCAGGUAAAAAAGCGAAAUCGAUUACAUACUAUGUAAUAAACGAGAUAUUUGCCAAAACGUCUCUGUAUUAAAUUGUUUCGACACAGGUAGCGACCAUCGGCUUGUACGUGCAACCAUAAUUGUGAACAGCAGAAUAGAAAGAAGUAAGUUACUAGAUAAACCAAGCUUCCCAACUGCAAACGAACUAAAUCAGAAUAAAGACAAAUUUCUGAAAAUACUAGAAAGUAAACAGCGAUAUUAAUUCAUUAGAACAAAUGGAGAUGAACGACCUGGCCACAAAAAUCGUAAACAGCCGAGUAAACAGCAUACAAGUAGCAACCAAAAAAGUAUGUGGAAAGCCAAAACGAGAUCGAGGUAAGGGUAAAUUAAGUGCAAAUACAGUAAGAUUAAUAGAACAGAGAAGACAAACCAAUCGUGAUAAUACGGAAUACGCAGAACUAAAUAAGACAAUUAAAAAGGAAAUUCGGAAAGACAUUAGAAAUUAUAAUACUAUAGAGGAUAACACAAACAUGAGGGAGGGUAUUGAGAUCAAAAAUGUCUAAAAGCAAAGCUAGAAUAACAUCAAUCCGAAAUCAAUAUGGAACGAUCGUGAGCAAUAAAAAAGAAAUCGUGGCCGCAAUUCAACUUUUCUAUAAAAAAAAACUUUAUAGUUCAGAAGUACCGAAACCCCAACAACAAAGAGAAAUUGUUUUAAAUGUUGGUUCUGAAGACAUUCCUGAAGUAAGUAAUUGGGAAAUAACAAAUGCACUGAAACAUAUGAAAGAUAGGAAAAGUCCAGGAGAAGACAGGGUAACUAGCGAAAUGCUUAAAAUAGGAGGAGAGGAUAUUCAAGAGGCUGUGAGAAUACUCCUUAACAAAUGCCUUACCGCGGAAAAAAUCCCGAACACAUGGGAGAAUGCUGAAGUCAUCUUACUGUAUAGGAAAGGAGACAGUCAAAAUAUCGAUAACUAUAGACCAAUCAGUCUACUAUCACACCUCUACAAGCUAUUUACCAAAGUAAUUACUAAUAGGCCAACGGGAAAAUUAGACUUUUAUCAACCUACUGAACAAGCGGGAUUUCGGAAAUAUUAUAGUACAACAGACCACCUACAAACCAUCUGUAGUAUUAUUGAGAAAAGUACGGAAUAUAAUAUGCUCUUACAUUUGGCGUUUAUCCAGUACUACACAGCUUUCGAUCCUGUUGAAACGUGGGCAGUUCUAAAAGCACUGGAUAAUGCCAGAAUUGAUUCCGGAUAGUCAAAUAUUAUAGAAAAUAUCUACAAUAACGCGACACUUCAGAUUAAAAUCGAUGAAGACAUGAUCACUGAUGAAAUUCCAGUUAAGAGAGGUGUUCGACUCUGGGACACAAUAUCCCCAAAACUGUUCACACUAACGGUCGAAGAUGUUUUUAAAAAUUCACCUUGGCACGAAAAGGGGAUUAACAUCGAUGGAACCCGUCUAAAUCAUCUGCGCUUCGCAGAUGACAUUGUCCUAAUAAGCAACAGGCCUGAAGAGAUCAAGAUAAUGAUAGAACAACUCCAUCACGCAUCAAAAAACGUCGGUCUGAUUAUGUACUUGUCUAAAACGAAAAUAAUAAUGAGCCAAAAUCAAAUUUAAAUCUCUAUCGAUAACCAUUCACUGGAAAAUACAUCUAUUAUAUAUAUCUCGGUCAUAAAAUCACACUUGGUAAACAGAAUCAAAGCGCAGAAGGGUGGGACUUAGUUGGGCCGCGUUCGGUAACUCGGAUUCAUCCCUAAAAACCCUGAUAUUCCCCAACACCUCAAACGAAAAGUCUACGAAACAUGUGUUCUAAACUAUGGCAGUAACUGCCAAAAGCAUUAAUAGGCUCAGAACCACGCAGAGAGCAAUGGAAAGAGGCAUGUUAGGCAUUAGCUUGAGGGGCCGUGUUAAAAACGAGGAAAUACGAAGAAUAAAGGUUACUGACGUCACACAACGCAUACUUCAACUGAAGUGGAGAUGGGCUGGUCACGUGACCCGACAAGAAGCGAACUGGUGGACAAAUAAAGUCAUAAAAUAGAGACCUCAGGAUGCUAGGCGAAGUAUUGGAAGACCCCAAAAAAGGUGGCGGGAUGACAUCGUAAAACUGGGUAAAAACAGCACAGGACAGAGGGCAAUGGAAACCAUUGGAAGAGGCUUUCAUCCAGGAGUGGAUGGCAUCUGGCUGAAGAAGAAGAUUUCCUGUAAGCUACAGGAUCCGCAGAAUUGGAAAUUGUCUAUAGGCUUACAGAUGUGCAUAGAAUUGACUUAUAAAUUGAUAAAAUCGAAUGGUUUAUGAAUGGAUCAGAACAAAAGUCCUACAUGCUAGGGAAUACAUCACAAGGUUGAAAGGUAGUUUUGCUGUACAUAAUGCAAGAUAUGAUGAUUCAAAAUUAUUAUCUUAAAAGAAUAGGUGAACUAGAGGGGAAACAAGCAGCACAGAAUAGAGAUCAAUGGCGUAAAUAAGGAGCUCUAUGUCGGAUGUCUCAACAUAGACCACAAAGGGAGGAUUGGAAGUGUAUUUCAAUUCUUGGCCGAAUCUUCCUCAGAUUUAUCUGAAACAGAAAUAUCUCCAUAUUGAGGCAACAUAUUAUAGGGGAAACUUUUUGUUUUUUCUAACAAAAACCAAACCAAAAGUUUUGUUAAAUUUGUUGCUAUUCUGUGCUUCAGUGUACCGAAAUCUUUUAAUUUUUGGAACAACUAAUAACAUCCAGAUUCUCUACUCUCUCAGAAUUAUUGAUCCAGUGACUUACCGUAGAACUACUAACAAUAGUCAUUCCUGUAUGUAAUUACUGCUGAAGUUUCCAUUUAUUAUGGCUGGACAAUGUUUUCUGUUCCAUAUUUUAUAAAAAUAGUAAUCUUGAAUCAUAUUUUCAUUUUUACGUCUUUAAUUGAGAACUACUCUCAGUUGAUGCAUAUAUUUUUCAAUAGAACAAGUAUAUCCAUAGGUGCGAUUGUAGGUUCAAGUUAAGCAGUCUAGCAAACACACCUAAUAUUAUUCAAUAUCUAAUAUUUUGUUUGUAAUAUAGAAUCAUUCGACAACUACGAACACUCUGUAUAAAAUUGCUUGUUGACUAGCUAUUAACUAAUUGUUAAAAUAAUCAACAAUUUACAUCAAUUAGCUAGAAUUUUGACUGUUUGUAGGAAAGCUUAUUUUUGCUCAUUUUCAUCUAAGGCAAUAAAAUUUAAUUAUCAUAAGUUAGUAGAAUAGCAAAUAUCUAGUACAAUUUGAGUGCCACAUUUUUAUUUUAAAAAGUUACUAAGUUGAAAACCUCUAGAGUAACUAAGUUUAUAGUGGAAAAAGGCUACACGUUCUUGAAUUUUACUCGAGUGUCAACGUAAUAAUAAAUUUGUUAUUAUGAACAUAUCAGUAGGUAACAGAUAAUUUGCUAAGCUGCCAAGUAUUUUAAUAAUAAAUCGAACAUUUGGCUUUAGUUUGUAAGCAGCUCUGGCUUCAAUAAGAACUCAGCUUGGAAAAGUUUACAUAAGCAAUUUGAUUGGUUCUUGUUGGAACAAUAAAUAAUCUUUACAACGCAGUUUCCUAGAUGCAAUAGCAAUAAUUUUAAUAUGUAUAUCAACAUAGUGCCAGAUUAGCUAUUGCUAGUGCUAAUUUUUUUUUUGUGUAUUUACCAAUACCAAAUAACAGCUAUACAACCUUAAAACCCAUUAUAAACUAUAAUAAAUAUUUUUAACAUUUAUUUAAUUUAUGUUAAUAUUAAAUUGCCUCUUAGAGAGUUGUGAAAACAAAUAAUAGAUUAGUGUAAUGUAAAAAGACCCAGACAUUUAUUUCUGUGAUAAAUGAUAACAAUGGUGUUUUGUUUUAGCUUUUAGGUCACAGUGUACAUGUAUAAAUACUGGAUGUUAAUGUAAUUUGUCCCAAAUUAGUGUUUAAUUUUUUAAGUCAUGUACAAAGUGUUCUGUAUUAACCAAAGAGGUGAAAUAGUGCGUCAAAAAUAACCAAAGACCUGGUGUUUCUAUCAAUAAAAACACUUCCUUUUGUGUGUAUCUGGAAAUUUGUUAAAAAUAGAUUAUAGUGAACACUAGUAUACAGGAAUCAGGGUUGGAUUGGUUAUUUUUAUUAUAUUUAGAUUCAUUCAUAGUUCAAUCAUAGUUAAACCUCCAAAGGAGCGGACUUCCCCGGACUUAGGUACCUACUCUAUGAAUUGUGAAUAAUUUUGUUAAUAAAAAAAUCUUGGCAUGAAAAAAUUAAUUCCAUCAUCAGUUUUCCUUUAUAUAUGUAUCUUAUUUGAUAACUGUAAAGCCUUUGAUGAAUACUGAAAUUAUUGGUAAACAAAAUGUAGAUUUUCUACUUUCCGGAAUACCUCUGGGAAUAUUCUAGUUGGUGUUUAAUCUACAUUUUUAUCUGAAAAGUUUGUUCAAACUUUGUAUAGUUUAAUUUUCAAAUAAAAUCUGUGUAGGUUGUUUAUGCAUGCAUAACUAAAAAAGGCUCGCCUUGACUCUUUCCAUUUUUAAUAGUUUAUAUAUUUUACCAAAAAGGAAUAUUACGAAUGAUAAUAAAAUUUAAAAGUAAUAAUUUUUUGGUUUACCGUAUGAUGUAUGUAAUUCCUGUGUUGUAAUUGAUUCUGUGAUUGUAGCAUUUUUUUAUUUCCUAGUCGUUCCCGUCAAUUAAAUUAUUCGAGAUGGAUUAUGUAAAUAUUUAUAUUUUAUUUUAUUGAGAAGAGAAUAAAAACUAAGAUAAAAACCCUCUAA